CCAGAAGACAGAAAGCCUGCACAGCUGCAGUGUUUGACCCGAAGGAAGGAAAGGAAGCGGUCCCAAGUACUCAGGAAUCUUCCAAUCUAAUCCUAAGGAUUGGUUCCAUGGCAGACCUGAUGGCCUUCAUUUGGUUUUCAAUGUUACUAACCACAGCAUACAGCCAAACACAGAAACAGGAGGUUCCAGAUUCACCAGUUAAAAACUUAACUAUAGAUAUGAAGACAAUGAAGCUGAGAUGGACCAACGUGGAGAAUGUGAAUAAGAUCAACUGUUCUGCUACGGUCCUAUCAAAAUUCAUAUAUACUGUUUCGGCAAAAGGCAACUCAUGCAAACUGCCAGCAUUUCAUACUUGGUGCCAAGGGGUAGAUUUUGUAAUUGAGGGCUUUGCUGGGAAAAGAAUUUCAGAAACACUCCAUGUUCUCCGAAGAGGAAAAGAAGGGACCACUAAAGAAAAUUUAUCCUGCCAGGUUCAUGAUGCAAAUUUCAUGGACUGCAAAUGGACAGUGAGGGAAACUCCAGGAGAUCUCCAGUAUCAAUUCUUUUACUCAAAAUCUGCAAAUGCUUUUGUAGAUAGUGAGUGUCCAAAAUACAAGACGGAUUCUGAAGGAAGACAUGUUGGAUGUCAUUUUAGUAACCUCUCAGUAUUCAAUGACUCUAUACCGUAUCACUUCCUAGUGAAUGGAACCAGCAAUGGAAGGGAAGUCCAAUGUAAUGAUGAAUACAUUUCACUAAACAGUAUUGAAAUAUUUAAACCACCAAAUAUUACCAUAAACAACACAGCUCCUAAUUGUAUCAUUCAGUGGCAGAAACCCAAAUCAUUAUUCAACAGUGAAUUUGAAUAUGAGCUUCAAAUUCAAAAGGUCUCUGACAAGACUAUCCUUGAAAUGAACUCUAUUAAAGGAAAAACAAAAAUUGACUGCAGAAAUAUUGAUGGAAGACAUACUGUAAAAAUAAGAACAAAGAAGUUGUAUGAUGAAUAUUGGAGUGAAUGGAGUGAGCCCCAAAAACUUGGUGAUGAAGUCCGUAAUGAUAAUCUUCUGUCAGUAUUAAUGUUGCCACUUCUUGGAAUAGCCUUCAUUAUGCUGCUCGUUCUGGGAUAUCUCUGUAAAAGGUAUUAUGUGAUUCAAAAAAUAUUCCCUCCUGUCCCUCAUAUUAAAGAUCAAGUUAGUGACAGUUUUCACAAGUACAUCGAGGUGGUCUGGGAAGGAAAUAAAAUACUUCCAGAACAAUGUAAAAUUGAAGAGAUACAGGUCAUAGAAAAAAAAUCAAACUGUCCAUAAAAUUAAACAAAAUAUUUCAGUGGAUAAUGUUCAUGGAAAUUUCUGAUCUGUUUUCAAAUUUCUAUUUUUAAAAUUUUCUUCCAAAUAAUGUUAUAGUAACACACAAGGAGGAAUGCGGUGGCAAAUAUUUAACAGCUGGCUCUUUGGGGAAAAAAUGUGCUCAAGACAUACUUUUAGAAUUUAAAUCUGCAUUAUUAAUAUUUUCUUCAAUCACUUUAUUAAUUCUGGACAACUAAUAAAAAUAGUAAA